CUUCAUUAAACAAGCAUUCGGCAGGAGAGAACAGAAGAUCAAAAGCAAUACUCACAAUGAAGACUGCUUUUAUUGUUUUAGCCUGCCUCUGCCUUGUGUUAGAAGUGAAAGGUCAGUCUGGAGCUCCGAAGGGCAGGUGUUUUUGUGCUGGUAAAGGUGUAAACAUGGUUCUUCCCAGAAAGAUUGAGAAAGUUGAAAUCAUACCACCAAGUCCUUCUUGUGAAAAACAGGAGAUUGUUGUUACUGUAAAGAAUGGUUCAGAACAGAAAUGCCUAAAUCCAGAAUCUAAAUUCACUCAGAAUUACAUCAGGAAAUUGCUUGAAAAAAGGAUCCAGUGAAAGGAACAGCCUACAAUAUGAAUCUAGAUAUUUUUAUGAAGAACACCAUGAUAAAAGCACCAUGCAAUCAGCAACUAACUAUCCUUCCAUCUUCUUACUCUCAAGAGUUUUACCUGCUUAUUACAUAACAGCUUUUUAAUGCAGUUUCAUACAAAUGUUUUAAUACAGUGUUAUACAAAUUUAUUAUCAAUAAAAGUAUCAGUUAUUUAGUUUGAACAAUUUAAGUAAAAUGUCUUAUCACAACGUGUCAUACUAUUUACAAUGUUAAUGAUGUAAAUUAUUUCUACAGGGCAGAUAAUUUACACUGUCAAAAUUCAACAAUUAAACAAGCAUUAGCCAUAAAUCAUAGUAUUUAAAUUAAUAUUUGAAUGUUUGUAUCCAUUUUGAAAAUCAAUGUAAAUUUUAACAUUAAAUCUACAGUUAAAUCCACAACCAAUGGCAAAACAGACAGAAAAACAAAGAAAAUAUUUAUAAAAAUAAUUUUGUAUAUUAAUAGGGUAAACCAAAAGUAGGAACGUUUUUGGAGCAUUGUUUUUACUAUCUCUUAUUCAAAAUAAAGCCACAACAAAGAUUUCUGUAACUUUUCUGGGUCAUAUCUCUGAGCUGCCAGUCAUGAGAAUGUUACGUACAGUGUCCUCCUUUGUUUUUAAGGGGUUUUCGACUCACUGGGCUGCACCAGUGCCC